UCAUUGCGACUAGUCGAGACCGUCUGGCAAUCCCCGCUUCGAACGAACGUGUUUUGUGUGACUUCAGUAGUGUUAUAGGGAAAGGCCAAGCGACCCAACUGAUAACAAGUGCUGUUGUUUCGAUAGACUACAAUAAUUUCAAGGAUAAAUAGUGAACCAAGGAAAAUUUUUACCACCGAACUGAUAUAACUCAGGAUAAUUCUUCGUUGGCCGCUGAAUCACGGAAAUCGUUAAAAUAGUCACUAAAUUUCAGUGCAAAAUGCAGUUCUAAUUUAACUCAUCUAUGUAGGAGGAUAAAACAGUGUGGAACAAAUCAGUUUCAAACAGAUUUUUUGCAUGAUGUGGCAUCGGAAAAAAAUGUUUAAUGUUACUUCCUUGCAUUUGCCGCUGCUUCUAGCACUAGUGACCUUCACUCGGUGGCCGAUUCAACAGGUCGAUGCGCAAUUUUCGGUGGAUCAGAUGCGAGUGGUCUGUAAGUCAAACAACGACACCCACUUUCAGCAAACACUGAAAAAAAUCCUGAAACCGCGCAUCGUUGGAACUGCCACCCACGAUGAGGUCAAACGUUAUAUCGUCGACCAGCUGAAACAGCUCCAUUUCAUAGUUGAACUCGAUGAGUUCAACGAUAAAACGCCUCAUUUCGGAAGACUAAAAUUUUCAAACAUUGUAGGAAAACUGAAUCCGACAGCGGAUAAAUAUCUUGCUUUGGCAUGUCACUACGAUAGCAAAUACUUCCGGGAGCAUGCUUUUGUCGGUGCGGUCGAUUCGGCCGUUCCUUGUGCAAUGAUGCUCAACCUGGCCAAAACGGCAGAGUCAGCACUCAAGCUUUUGAAAAACAACACCGAUUUGAGUUUAAUGUUGAUAUUUUUCGACGGAGAGGAAGCCUUCCGAAAGUGGUCCACCACCGAUUCGCUGUACGGAUCUCGUCACCUGGCCAACAAGUGGACCACGAUGCCGUACAUUUCGAAAACCCUUGGAAAAUCGAUGCGAGAAAUAGAUCGAAUUCAGUUGAUGGUUCUUUUGGAUCUGAUAGGAGGAGAAAAUCCCAAAUUUUACAGCUUUUUCGAUAGCACCAGAAACUAUCACCGAAGAUUGAACAACAUUGAAUCAUCACUUCGCAAGAACAAACUUUUGCUAAAAGAUCCCAAGAGCACAGAAAUGUUCGUUGAUAAAAGUACGUUUAGCAGGAUAGAGGAUGAUCACAUGCCGUUUUUGAAGAGAAGUAUACCCAUUCUGCAUUUAAUUCCAGUUCCGUUUCCCAAACAUUGGCACAAACCAGAGGACAACGAAGACAACUUGAGUUUGAAAACUGUUGGAAAUAUCAACAUGAUCCUACGAGUGUUCAUGUUAGAGCACUUAACGUACUGUAAUAGCAAAUAUGGCCGUUCACUUAAUACAUGUUUAAAUUAAACUUUCAAGGAAAUCUCGAUGAACAUUAGAAAAAGUUCUAAGAACAAAUUAUAGUUUCUCUUAGUUUACUUUCUCUUCCAGAAAUUGCUGUAUUUUCCAAGAAAUUCUUUAGUGCAGAUCGAAAGUUGAAGGUUUUAGUUAUUACUAUAUGCAAAUUGUUAGUAGAAAGGAUUACCGAUAGUACCGUAAUAAUCGAAAGGGAAAGUAAACAAAGAGAAACUUCCAUUUGUUCUUUGGACUUUUUCUAAUGUUCGUCUUCAAAUAGUCGAAUUUCGGGGAAAACGAAUCUAUUCGACAAAACCAAAAAUAAUACUGUGUAAAGAGAGUGCCGCUUGAAAAUAAUGUAGUGAUAUUCCAAAAGACUUUCGAUUGAAUUUUCUACAGCAGUCAGAUGGUGGUUUCCACAUAAGCAUUUAAAUUUGGCAGAUCGAAUACGUAAACCAUAGCUUUAUAACAGUAAUCUGGAAAUUACCUUUACUCGAUAUUGAAUGCGAAUAAAUGAUUGUUAAAUACUUUUCUGCUGCUAGCAAGCCUAGAGAUCGGUUGGAUAAAAGUUUCUUAUUUAAUUUAGAAUUAUUGUUUUUCAGUAAUAGAUGGACAGUUCAUUACAAUGUAUUAUUUUUAAUAUGUUUAAAAAAUAUAUGUUUUGACGUCAACGAGUCUUUCUUUACUCUACUAUGGUGUUAAGUUUUUGAUUAUGAAUAUCUCUUGUUGUAUCUAACGUAUCCACAUAAUCUUUACUACAUGCCAUCGAAAAUAUGAUUAGCAAUUUAUGAUAAAAUUUUCAGUUGCAUGACCUAACAACAAAUAAUUCAAAAUUAAAGUUUCCUGAAAUGUAUGGUAUUACCGAGUAUCAAAAACGAAAACUGAUAACGCGUCUUUUGCUUUCUCGUACCCGCGACGACGGGUUUGAUGAUUGUUUCAAUAGUACACUACUGAAAACCCUGUCUGUCUUGCUAGCCAAUCAAAACACGUUCUGAGGAAAAGAUCAAAAUAUCAGUGCAACGAUUGUCGAAGCAAGACAUACGGAGAAGAACCACCGAAAACCAUUCGCUUUUGGAAUGAAGCGAGUAGCAAAAUUGGGUAACAGCAGACCCUGUCAGCUUGGAGCGAAAUCAAUCUUCAGUUCAGCAACGCCAUCGCACGGCAUCACUUUCAACAUAUCAUGUCAAUUGUAUGGGUGCGCAGCCCUGCUAUUUUGGCGCACACGAAUUUGACAUUUCUCUCCCGUACUUCUAUGUAUGAGAUUCGAUGCGGACUCACCUGAGGGCGACAUGCUCGCAAAAAAAGAUGUUGCCAAUGAUUUGUUCGGGAAAUGUCAGAGCUGGAUAUCUUGUUAAUAUGAUGUCUUUGGUAACAGUUAUUUCCGUUUCCAGUGUGUAGUAGUUGCACAUUGCAGUCGUCAUUGCUUGAUGGGAGCGCUGUUUUUGAGAAUUCCAUCGGUCAAUUUAUCCGGAAAUUGAAUUGGUAUUUAUUGUAAAUUGUAAUUUUCAGUUGGAAACCACAAUUCCAAAUCAAAUUUCUAACGAAUUUACCGAAUCUCAGCUCUUUUCAGCGCCAUAGAUCAUCAUAAAGAAUUAUUUUUAAUUUUCUCCAUUUACGCCAAAUGCAUAAAAUUCGUCGAAAUGGAAGUUUUGAAAAAAAAAUUGCUUCGUCACUAACGCAUUCAAUUACGACGGGCAACGUUCAUACGCAAUGCAAAAAAAGUAUUGAUGCGGAAUCAAUAUAAAAACUUUUAAAAUUUCUUUAUAUCAGACAAUAGGGAUGCCAAAUAUUGAAAAUAAAAACCUAUAUAUUUUUCUAAUAUUAAGACUGACAAAACCUGGUGUCCUAUACAGAGAUGACAUUUAAUUUCACUUGGGCAACAAUAUAAUUGCACUCUGACACAUUCAUUGAUGUACGAAAAGUAAUUUAUCCACCAAGCGAUCAUCUUAAUUAUUUUAGACAAUUGAAAAAAUCCGGGUUGUGUACAAAAAACGACCGAUUGCGAUAACAUUAAAAAUGCACUAAUUCAAACAUUAUCGAAAUUAUAAUUCUUCUAGUCA